GCACACUCCUCCUCAGGGCAUUAGCAUCACACCAUCAUCGCUAGCGACACAUCCCUUUCCUCCUUGCUGUUUCGUCUCCUUGGAGAGAGAAGAAGAUGUCGGACGAGGGCACGGCGAACUGCAUCGACAUCAUCCUCGCCAUCAUCCUGCCGCCGCUCGGCGUCUUCUUCAAGUUCGCCUGCGGGAUCGAGUUCUGGAUCUGCUUGCUGCUCACCUUCUUCGGCUACCUCCCCGGCAUCAUCUAUGCCGUCUGGGUCAUCACCAGGUAGAGGGCUCCCCCUCCCUGCCCUCCAUCCACAAGGUGAUGACGAUCCUGUUCUGUGCUCUGGUGGUAUAAUCUGUUCGUUUGAGACGGUUCAUGGUGCUGCGUCUGCAUGUGUGUGUGUUCGUGCUGUAAAUCUGUUUUGUGUUUGUGUGCUUAGCUUGCUCCUGUUCUCGCACCUUCUCCACUCCAGUGGCGCCAUCAUCAUCAUCAUCAUCAUCAUCAUCAUCAUCAUCAUCCAGUUCAUCCUUGUGUCUCCGUCCCUGUAAUUUCGAUUAAUUAAUGGAUUAAUCAAUUGAUUGGUGGAGGAAUCUCGUUGUUUCCUGCCUCGGCAUUCAUUCUUGCGCAAA